AUGGCGUCACGACCAGACAUCCACCUCUACACAACACAAACCCCCAACGGGAUAAAAAUUUCCAUCACGCUGGAAGAGCUCGGGUUGCCUUACACAGUCCACAAAAUCGAAAUCAGCAAGAACGUACAAAAGGAGCCUUGGUUCCUUGAAAUCAACCCGAACGGCCGGAUCCCAGCCUUGACUGAUACGUUUACCGAUGGGAAGACGAUAAGGUUGUUUGAGAGUGGUAGUAUCCAGCAGUAUUUGGUGGAUCAGUAUGACAAGGAUUAUAAGAUUAGUUAUCCGAGGGGUACGAGGGAGUACUAUGAGAUGAAUAAUUGGUUGUUCUUUUUGAAUGCUGGGGUUGGUCCGAUGCAAGGCCAAGCGAACCAUUUCAGCAGAUACGCACCAGAGCGCAUCGAGUAUGGUGUUAAGCGCUAUGUGAAUGAGUCGAGGAGGUUGUAUAGUGUGUUGAAUACUCAGCUUGAGAAGUCGACAUCUGGGUAUUUAGUUGGUGAUAAGUGUACGAUUGCGGAUAUUGCACACUGGGGAUGGGUCACUGCGGCAUUCUGGGCCGGCAUUGAUAUUGAUGAAUUCCCAGCGUUGAAAGCUUGGGAUGAUAGGAUGCUUGCUAGGCCAGGUGUUGAGAAGGGCCGUCAUGUUCCAGAUCCGCACCGUAUGAAGGAGCUGAGUAAAGAUCCGAAGGAGAUGAAGGAGCAGGCUGAAAAGAGUCGAGCUUGGGUGCAGCAAGGCAUGGCAGCUGAUGCGAAGAAGUGA